UAUUGUUAAAGCUUGCCUCACUGAAUAGACUAAAUCUGUUGAGCCAGUUGCUAAAAAUAAUGAGCUACAGAAUUGCUAGAUCUAGUUUGGCAUUGACAAUAAUCAUAAUCACAUUUGCUCCAUCUUGUGAUGCCCAAGUUACAGAUGGGGUUUUAUCAAGUGCUGGCAAAACAUUUGUGGUCGGUUUUUCAAGAAAUGCUGUUCAACAUCCAGGAAUCAAUCCAGAGUUAUUUUUGUUUAUCACAAAUCCAGAGUCAAGUGCUGUUAAUUUCACAGUUUCUCCAAUUAAUAUCAGUGGGAAAGUUUCUAACUCUUCAACUAGGGCAAACGUUCCAUCCAGUUUUGAGAUUUCUUCUGUUAAUGAAAGGAACAAGGGGAUCCUUGUUGAAGCCGACAGAGACAUCAAUUUGUAUGGGAUGUCUUUUCAUUCAGCUACUACAGAUGCUUACUUAGCGUUACCGUGUUUUAAAAUGGCAGUUGAUGUAUACGAAUAUUAUGGAAUCUCCUAUGACAUCCUUAUUAGUAUGGUUAGGCGCUAUCCUAGUGUGAUUUUGUUGGUGGCUUGUGAAAAUGAAACUGUUGUCAAAUUCAACUCCUCAACAAUAAUACUAAAUAGUAUGGAAACAUAUCAGAUUGAAAGUGAUAAUGAUCUUACAGGAACAAGAAUAACUAGCUCCAAACCUUUGUCUGUGUUUAGUGGAUCUGAUUGCGCUAGUGUUCCUCAAGGUACACUCUACUGUGACUACCUGGUUGAACAAGUGCCUCCGACUGUGACAUGGGGCUCAACAUUUCUCGUGGCAUCUCUCGAGGGUAGAUCUACUGGUGAACGUAUUCGUGUUCUUAGUGCCCGAGCAGCAAAUGUAGCUGUGAACUGUAACACUAACGUAUCAGUCGGUCAAUUCCAGUUACAGAGUGGAGGGAGUUUCAAAGAAUUUGAAAUACCUAUUAACAGUUUCUGUAGCAUUGAAUCCACUUCUCCAGUACUGGUCGCACAGUAUGCCUAUAGUAAUAGGAGUGAAGGCGUGGGAGGCACAUUCAUGAUGAUAAUCCCUCCAAUUGAGCAGUUUACAAAUAAUUAUUUUGUUGCAGCGUUCACUCUUUUCGUAUCCAACUAUGUCACAGUGUAUGUUUCUUCUGAGUUUUUUCAAACUGCACAAAUGUUAAUAGAUAACUCUGUUGUUACUGGCUGGAGGAACGUUGUCUGUUCAAAUGGAGAGAUUUGUGGCCACAUAAGUAGAAUGAAUGUGUCUCCUGGAGCUCAUUCUAUCCGCCAUCAAAACAGCUCAGCAGUUCUAGGUGUUUCAGUGUAUGGUUUCAGCUCAGACAAUUCUUACGGUUAUCCUGGAGGCAUGACAUUAUCUCCCAUACAAUGCAUCUGUGGUCAAAAUUCUGUUUGUUUGAAUAACACGGAACACUUCAACUGUAGCUGUUUGAAUGGAUUUUUUGCUUCAUUAUCUGCAACUGAUAAACUCAUCUGUAAUGCUAUAACCUGUCCUCCCUUGACUGCUCCUACCAAUGGUUUCGUGACAUACAGUUCUACUUCUGAUGAAAACGGCAACUAUGCUCUCAAUGCAAUGGCUAACCACACUUGUGACACUGGGUUUGUUCUGGUUGAUAACAACACAAAGACUUGCACUGGAGAUGGUAGCAGCACUACUGGUGUUUUUGAUGGAGAAACAGCAAUUUGUGAACGUGUGGAAAUAACUGGAGCAUGGAAUGUUGCUACUCUAUCUGGAUGUGUUGUUGCUAUAGUGAUGGUAGUGAUCUUGCUAGUCGUCAUAUUUUUCCUAGUAGUCACUAUCACAAAGAAAAGAAAAAAAACUAGACAAAUGUCAGACAAUGAAGUUCCAAUAGCCCCAGCUGGUCCAGUAUACGAAGAAGCAUAUCUAGCAAUGACAAAUAGACAACUGUCAGGCAAUGGAGUUCCAAUAGUCCCAGCUGGUCCAGUAUACGAGGAAGUUGAUCUAGCAAUGACACCAAGAACACAAGACAUUCAAGUGGAGUCUAAUGAAGCUUAUGGACAAAUGGCCAGGCAAAACAUUAAGUUGCAGUCAAAUCAGGCAUAUGGAGAAAUCAGAUGCGUUAGUACUUAGACUGAUAGAACAAACCUGUUUUUGCUAAUUUUGGUACUCAAUGUGUUUGUAGGCAAUGCAAUGCGUAACUAUAGCAAUGUAAUCCAAGUAGGCACGUAUACAUACUCAAUAAUAACCUUCCACAACAAAUAUUAUUAUAAUCUU